UCCCUCAGCGAGGACACCAGGGGACCAGACAGGAGGGAGAGAAGCAACUCCAGACACCCCUGGAAAGAAUCCCUCAGACACCACACCCCCAGACAAGCAGCUUGGUGGGAUUCUCUCUUUCAUACACACACUACCCCAGGGCUUCACCAUCUUCCAGCUGCACUUGAGCCCCUCUGCAAAGGACGCCAUGAGCACUGAAAGCAUGAUCCGGGAUGUGGAGCUGGCUGAGGAGGCGCUCCCCAAGAAGGCAGGGGCCCCCCAGGGCUCCAGACGGUGCCUGUGCCUCAGCCUCUUCUCCUUCCUGCUUGUGGCAGGAGCCACCACGCUCUUCUGCUUGCUGCACUUCGGGGUGAUUGGCCCUCAGAGGGAAGAGCAGUUCCCAGAUGGCUUCCAUCUAAUCAACCCCUUGGCCCAGACACUCAGAUCAUCUUCUCGAACUCCAAGUGACAAGCCUGUAGCCCAUGUUGUAGCAAACCCCCAAGCUGAGGGACAACUACAGUGGCUGAGCCGGCGUGCCAAUGCCCUCCUGGCCAAUGGUGUGGAGCUGAUAGACAACCAGCUGAUGGUGCCUUCUGACGGGCUGUACCUCAUCUACUCCCAGGUCCUCUUCAAGGGCCAAGGCUGCCCUUCCACACAUGUGCUCCUCACCCACACCAUCAGCCGUAUCGCUGUCUCCUACCAGACCAAGGUCAACCUCCUCUCUGCCAUCAAGAGCCCUUGCCAUAGGGAGACCCCGGAGGAGGCUGAGGCCAAGCCCUGGUAUGAGCCCAUCUACCUGGGAGGAGUCUUUCAGCUGGAGAAGGGUGAUCGACUCAGUGCUGAGAUUAAUCUGCCCAACUAUCUCGACUUUGCUGAGUCUGGGCAGGUCUACUUUGGGAUCAUUGCCUUAUGAGGGAGAAUGGACACUCAUCCUUCCCCGAUCCCCUCACCCACCUCAGUCCCUUUGUAAUCCAUUUCUUUAGGCCCCUUCAUCCCCUCCUGGCUUAGAAAGGAAAUUAGGGGCUCAGGGGUGGGCCCAAGUUUAUAACUUUAAACAACAACACUUAGAAACCUGAGAUGCAGGGAUGUGUAACCUGGACAAUGGGGCACUGGCCACCGCCUAGAAUCCAAACUUAGGCUUCCAGAACCUACCAGAUCCCUGAAUGCAAACUGGGACAUCCAGAAUGUGGAAGCCAGAGAGGCUUUUGUUCUAUCCAGCACACUUCAGAACAUCCUGAGAAGACCUUACCUAGAACUUGACAUGAGUGGACCUCAGACCUCCCUCUCUCCAGAAGUUUCCAGACCCUUCCCUGAGAUAUGGAGCCCCUGCCUCUCCGCACAAAUCGGGCCCCCUCUAUUUAUGUUUGCACUUGUGAUUAUUUAUUAUUUAUUUAUUAUUUAUUUAUUUACUGAUGAGAAUGUAUUUAUUCGGGAGGUCAGGGGCCCUGGCGGACCCAAUGUAAGGGCUGCCUAUGCUUAGACAUGUUUUCUGUGAAAACGGAGCUGAACCGUAGGCUAUUCCCACUUGGCCUCCUGGCCUCUGUGCCUCCCUUUGCUUAUGUUUUUAAAAAAUAUUUAUCUGAUCAAGUUGUCUGAAUAAUGCUGAUUUGGUGACAGAUUGUCGCUAUAUCGCUGAACCUCUGCUCCCCAGGGGAGUUGUGUUUGUAACCGCCCUACUGGUCAGUGGCGAGAAAUAAAGUUUGCUUAGAAAAGAAACAUGGUCUCUUUCUUGGAAUUAAUACUGCAGCUUCCUCUCCUUGGAGAUAGCGAUUCCCUUCCUGAAGUCCUCCUUCCACAGGACUUAAGAUUCCUCAGACCCAGUCCCCAGUCCUUAGACUCUGAGACAACCCGGGGUCCAGGAGACCCUACAGAAACAAAGUCCAGCCAAAUAACCCCCUCCCUCAGGAAACAGAAAUCUGAACCCAAUUACCUUGCCCUCAGGGAAUGGGAAUUUCCGACUCUGGGAAUUCCAAUCCCUGACGGGAAAGUCCUGUAGCUCAGGUAAGAUUUCCGGCUGUUGCCUCGGCCUGACAGAGCAGGGAGGAGCCACAUUCUCAGGCACCUGAAUCACAGCCAAGGAACUUCCAAGGAUUCAGGUGUCUGGACUCCAAAUUCCCUGCUCCAGGCCACCCACCCAGCCCUGUCCUAACUGUGCAACCUGAACCAGUCACUUAACCUCAUCUAUCAAGUGGAGAUGGGAAUGCCCACUGCUAAUGGGGUCACUAGGGAACAGAAGCAAUAACUACCUCAGGGCACCUAGCAGGGUUUGGCAUGUGGUAGGCACUCAGUGGAUCCUGGCUUUCUUCUUUUAUCCAGCUAGACACUCAGAUAUCCAGCCCUCAGCCGUCUAUCCCCUUCCAUUUUCUCAGUGAGCAAAACGGAACCUAAGGAAGAAUAUUAAAAACAAGCAAUAACAUAUAGGUGAAGGGCCCACAUGCCAGUCUUUUGUCACCAAUUUCUUGGCAAAUGGUACGGGAAGGAGUGUGAGGUGGGCAAACCAGAAAGAGAACUCCCCAUAUCCAGGAGGAGCUCUUUCCCGGAGACAGAGUCAAAGAAAAAUAUGGAGUUAAGAAAUGCGGACCCAGAGAGUAAGAACCCCAGCUAGGCUCAAGAGCUUUUCCUUCCGGCCCAGGGUUGCCAGGGAGGGGAAAACCCCGUGGUGUGCCCACAGGGGUAAGCUGUCC